GGAGCCUUUCAUCAUUCUCUCAGGGGGCUUGUCAUAUGACACUGUAGGAAGAAGACCCUGUUUAACAGUUAUGCAUGGGAAAAGUACUGCUGUGCUAGAAAUGGAUUAUUCUAUUGUUGAUUUUCUAACCCUCUGUGAAACACCAUAUCCUAAUGACUUUCAGGAACCAUACGCUGUAGUUGUUCUCCUAGAAAAGGACUUAGUACUGAUUGACCUUGCACAAAAUGGGUACCCUAUAUUUGAGAAUCCCUAUCCUUUGACUAUACAUGAAUCUCCGGUUACCUGUUGUGAAUAUUUUGCUGAUUGUCCUGUGGACCUCAUACCUGCACUCUAUUCAGUUGGCGCUCGACAGAAACGUCAAGGCUACAGUAAGAAGGAAUGGCCUAUCAGUGGAGGCAACUGGGGUUUGAUCACUCAGAGCUAUCCAGAGAUAAUUAUUACAGGGCAUGCUGAUGGGUCAAUCAAGUUUUGGGAUGCCUCAGCAAUAACGCUGCAAGUACUCUAUAAGCUAAAAACAGCCAAAGUAUUUGAAAAAUCACGGAAUAAAGAUGACAGGCCAAACACAGAUAUAGUAGAUGAAGAUCCAUAUGCUAUUCAGAUCAUCUCAUGGUGUCCAGAAAGUAGAAUGCUGUGCAUAGCUGGAGUUUCUGCGCAUGUCAUUAUUUACAGGUUCAGCAAGCAGGAAGUGACAACAGAAGUCAUUCCGAUGCUGGAAGUACGUCUGUUAUAUGAAAUAAAUGAUGUUGAAUCUCCAGAUGGUGAGCAGGUGCCACCUUUGCCAACUCCAGGCACAGGUUCCAAUCCUCAAUCCAUUGUUCCCCAGUCUCAUCCAUCUACUAGUAGCAGUUCAUCGGAUGGACUUCGUGAUAAUGUCCCAUGUUUAAA